AUGCCUCGGACACAAGAGAUUCCCUCUCAGUUGUCCUUCACAUCUCGGGCUGGCCAGCAGAAGCUUGGAGGCCUGUACCAGCUCAUCGAGGGCCAGAUCUCCAACGGCUUCCCCGUUUGGAAGAGGGUUGGAGUCGGGGAACAGGCAUGGAUCUACAGUGGUCCCAACAAGAAGUGGUACGUCAGCUGUAACAAGGUAGUUGAGGAGUCCGAAUUUCAGUGUGGUCGUGGCCUGGUCUCCAGCAUCGAUGAACACCGAGGACUCCUUCCCAACAUGCUCGAGGAGCACUCUUGGCAAUACAAGGACAGUCGUGGGUGGAACAAGGAUCUCUCCAUUCGUUUUGUGUUGCCCUCCUCACCUGCGCCAGAGACGAUUUACGUGACGUCGCCGCAUGGGCAUCAGAAGCUUAGUGGAGAAUAUCGGCAUAGCGACGGGCAGCUCGCGAAUGGCUACCCAUUCUGGAAGCGUGCCGGAUAUGGGGAGGAAGCGUACCUUUACAGUGGCAGGUAUGUUGUGAGCAGAAAUCUAGCGAUCGAAAGGCCUACUGCCGCAUACCUUCGCCGGGGCUUCGCGAGGCAGAAGCGUGGCAAAGUAGCGGUCUUGAAGCAUCCCCUAGCUGGGACUGUUCAGACCGUGGAUCUUGUUCUGACAGGCUGGGGCAUCAAGACGAGCGAGGGCUGGCAGCAGGACGAUGACAUCCGAAGCUUGACCGGCAACCACUGCGACUCCUUACAUGUGCUGCUUCCCGUGACCCGUGUGGCAGAGCUGUUUCCUAUCAGGAAUAACCACCACACCAUUCGAGCAGCCACCUGCGCUGCUCUGGGUGACAUCACAGCCCAAGGCAUGCUUGCGAACGGACAUCCUGUUUGGAAGAGAAGUGGCGCGGGGGCCGUAGCUUGGCUGUACAGCGGCACCAAUGGGCGGUGGUGCAUCGCCGGCCACGAGGUGGCGAGCCAGAAGUUUAGGUGCAGCCUGGCUCAGAUGCGUUCUCACCCUCACUUCGGGUCCAUGCCGCAUCGGCAAACCUCCUGGCUUUUGCAAGACGAGGAUGCCUGGUGUGAAGAUGAAGAAAUCCGGCUGGGAACGUCGCCUCCAACAGCUGCCGCAGAUGUGUAUUUGUCGACCCCCAAUGCAGAGCAGAAGAAGGCAGGCAGAUAUCAACUUGUGCAAGGCAUGCUCGUCCAUGGCUAUCCGACGAUAUGGGUAGGUGGAAGUUCGGGUGAAAAGAUUCUGUACACGGGAAGCGAUGGCCGGUGGUACGUCGGCAGUUCAACCGAAGUGACGCAGAGGUCGUACGAUUGCACCCUUGGCAGAGUGUCCUCUGCAGACCCACAUGGCGGGGUAAUGCCGCUUCAGCUCUUCGAUGACGCUUGGCAGUACAAAGCAGAACAAGGCUGGUGCUUGGACGCCGACAUCUGUUUUUCGGCAGAGCCGGCCGAAGCGGUGGUGCAGCUCUACGUGGCCUCGCACAACACUCACAGUCAUGUCAGCGGGAUUUACUCCUUGGUCUCAGGCCAUGUGGCCAACGAUCAGCCACUUUGGAAAAGAGAAGGAACUGGAGAAGAACUUUGGCUGUAUGGCGGCACAGAUGGCAAAUGGCGUGUUGCUGAUCGACAGGCCUAUGAAAAGAACUUUGUUGGCGAAGACGGCUUCAUUUGCUCAAGCCCACAUGGCGGAGUAAUGCCGGACAUGCUGCCAGGGAGAUGGCAUGGGUUCGUGAAUGCGCGUGAAGGAUACUUGCCCGAUCCCGACAUCGCAGUGGUGACCCGUCUACCUGACUAUCCCCUGGAGUUGACGCUCCUGAUGCCCAGCGGACAGCAGAAGCUUGCUGGCAAGUAUCAGAUGGUCUCGGGCUGUGCUGCCAACGGCCAGUGCAUUUGGAAGCGCGUCGGAGCUGGAGAGGAGGCAUGGUUGUACAGUGGAAACACUGGUAGCAUUGGCAACGUUGCAUCGGCAUAUCCUCAUGGAGGAAUGCUUCCUUGCUACGAGACGCGCGGCUGGAAAGUCAAGGAUGCCGAAGGAUGGAAGGCGGCCAGCGACGCGCGCGUGCUGCGAGGAUCCCUGGCCUCAGCUUUCCCGCCGGUGCUGCACGUGGUAUGCUCGCCGGCGCAGCUGGGCAAGUCCGGUGUGCAGCUUGGCUCGUCCAUGCCGUGGAUACGUGAUGGGGCAGGAGACUGGUACCAGCUCCUCUGGGACGAGUAUCUGAAUGGCCAGCCCGUGUGGGGGCGAGCAGAACCGGGCGAGAGCAGUUUGCUGUACAGCUCCUGCGAUGGCUUCUGGUGCAUCUCCCGGCAGGUCUGUGAGAGGCACAGCAAGUGCUGCAUGGGAAGCGUCGCAUCGCUCCUGCCUCACGGCGGCUCCAUGCCUCACCUGUGCUACGAGGGUUGGCAGGUGAAGCGCGAGAGCGGGUGGGACGCAGACUCCAGCCUCAUGGUCCAGACGAAUCCGCCGGAAGGUCCCACAGUCCUACACGUGAGCUGUGAGUCCAGGGAGCACGUCUCAGGCAAGUAUUGGCUUGUUCAAGGUGAGUUCAGGAACCACCGGCAUGUCUGGAAGCGAGCGGGCUCCAGCGAUGGACCGUGGAUCUCCAGCGGCAGCGAUGGCUCCUGGUUUCUGACUUCGACAGCUCCCACGGCUCCGACGGCUUCGACACCUUCGACGGCUUUGGGGCCUCUGGAAGUCACCUCCUUGCGUGGGGAUUCCUAUGUCACGGGCGAGUACUUUCCUGUGGAAGGCCGGGCAGAAUGUCUUUGGCCAAAUGCAGCAAAGCAGUAG